CGUCGUUUCGCCCCCCCUCCGCGCCGACGGGCGCCGCCGCCGCCACCCUCAGCCAUGGCCGGCCGCCGCGCGGCCUCCCGCGCGCCCGCGGCGGCGCUGCCGCUCCUGGCCGCGCUCGGGUGGUGCCUGUGGUGCUCGGAGGGCGUGGAGCGCCCGUGCGAGCAGCAGUUGCGCGCCUUGAUCGGUCAGAUCAGCGAGGGCGGGUCGCGGCCAGACGACGUGUUGUGGACGGGGCUGGCCAGCUUCGUUACCUUUUUUGCAGCGAGCGGGUGCGCGCGAGCGUGGGCGCAAGUGGAGGAGCGCCCGUCGUCCUUCGCGGUGCCCCCCGCGGCGGGCGAAGGCGCGCUGUGUGCCGCGGCCCUGCGGGCGGCGGCGCGCGAGGGCGCCCGGGAGGGCUGCCGGGGCAGCCGCACGUGCAUGCGCGCGGUGGGGCUGUUCUUCUCCACCCAGACCGGCAAUACGGAGAGCGCCGCGGAGGUGAUUGCGGCGAAGGCCGGGCUGGAGGCGACCGACUUGGGGGACGUCUCCGCAGAGGAUUUGGCGGGAUAUGACGGCAUCAUCAUCGGCGCGCCCACGUGGAACACGGGGGCGGACGAGUACCGCACCGGCACCACGAUGGACGACUACCUGGACGACAUCCGCAGCCUCAGCCUGGGUGGGAAGCCGGUGGCGGUGUUCGGGUGCGGGGACUCGCAGGGAUACGGUGACAAUUUCGCCGAGGCCAUCGAGGAGAUACACGGCGCGUUCAAGGAGGCGGGCGCGAAGAUGAUCGGAUACGUUGACGCUUCCGCUUAUCAGCACUCGGAGUCCAAGAGCGAAGUGGACGGCAAGUUCGUGGGACUCCCCCUCGACCAGGACAACGAGGCGGAACUGACCGAGGAUCGCAUUUCCGCAUGGGUCAGCCAGCUGAAGUCGGAGGGUAUGCCGCUGUAAACGGCUCGCUCACUGGCGGGCACAGCCUGAGCGAGCCGCGUGUGAACGGCGCGCUCUUUGGCGGGCACAGCCGCAGCGAGGCAAAGCAGCCGCGCUGCCAAGUUGGUGUUUUCGCCUCCGCAUUAAGUUUUUGACACUCUGUUAUGGUGCAUGUGCGCACACGCCGUACUGGUGCUGCCUGGAGGGCCAAUUCAAGCUGCAGAUACUUUACACAACAC